AUGGUAGAGCAUAGGAUCGACGGUAUGACUUAUACAAGCUUGACUUACGAUUGUGUUUAUGUUUCGCUAUCCGUGCUGCUCCUUGCGCUGAUCCACCGAUGGUGGGCCACUACCCAAGCCGGUGGACGACGCCCGCCUUCUCCAAUGUCUUUCUCAAUAGUGGGGAACCUAUUCGCGAUACCUCCCGGUCUGGAACACAUAGCUUAUAUGAAGCUUGGCAAGCAGCUAAACAGCGACAUCAUCUCUCUGAAGCUGUUUGGCUACGAUUUUAUCGUGCUGAACUCGUUCCGUGCCGCAGCAGAUAUGCUUGACAAAAGAUCUAGCGUAUACUCGGAUCGACUGAAUACGCCAAUGGUGCAGGAUCCCACCUUAUUAGACUGGAGCAGUAACUCCGCCCUUUUAAGAUACGGUGACCUAUGGAGAAGUCACCGCCGAAUGAUGAACAACUGGCUCAACGCACGCGCAGUUAUUCAAUUCCAUCCCAUACAAGAGCAGCACAUUCAGCCACUCCUUCGUCGGCUGGCUUGCAUCGUAGACGACCCACAUCCUUUUGAGAAGAUAAAGGACAGUCUUUUUACUAACACAGCCUCAUCAAUGCUUCAGCUAGCGUACGGGUACACUCUACAAGGAGACGAUGAUCUAGUGUUUCGAGGUCUCCGGCAGAGUAGUGAACAUUAUAGUGGCGGGAAUGUUUACAAACUUCCUUGUCAAUGUGUUCCCUCUUUUGUCUUAUGUUCCGCACUGGCUUCCUGGCGCCAGCUGGAAAAGGACCGCGUACAGGUGGAGGCAAUUAAAGGAGCAGGCUCUAUCCGCACCGUACGAAUGGACAAAAGCUCAGAUUGUACGUAUGAAACUAGCGUAGCCUCUGGGACCGCAGAACCCUCUAUUUGGGUGCGCUUUUACAAAGCCCGGACCUCUCAUUUACAGGAAGAUGAGAAAGAGAGAAAUCUGAAAGAAGUCGCACAGGCUAUUGUUACUGGCGGAACUGAGACGGUAAAGGUAUUGAGUAUCAUUGAAGUCCAAAAGCUCACUGGCAUGAAAUCUGCCCAGACUUCGACAGCGCUCGUCGCCUUCGUUGCAGCAAUGGUCCUGAACCCGGAUGUGCAACUAAAAGCCCAAAAGGAACUAGACACUGUCCUCGGACCCACUUCGCUUCCCACAAUGUCUGAUCGCGAGCGACUUCCUUAUAUGCGAAAGCUUAUUCAAGAGGUACUGAGGUGGCAGCCAGUGGCCCCAACAGGUGUGCAACUAUUCAUCAUAUUCAAAUGUCACAAAAUCAUAUCUCAUGAAUGGUUACACAUCUCAGCUAUUCCACAUGCAUGCUGGCGAGAUGAUAACUACGAAGGGUAUAACAUCAGAAAGGGCACAGUCGUCAUCGGGAAUGUUUGGGCGAUCACGCGGGACGAAAAGAUAUACAAGGAUCCUGAAGCUUUUAAUCCAGACAGGUUUCAGGAUCCGGACGUGCCACAUGCACCAGCCUUUGGUUGGGGGAGACGUAAAUGCCCUGGAGUCUAUUUCGCGGAGGCAUCGCUGUUCAUUACGAUAGCAUCACUGCUUGCUACAUUUACUUUCUCGAAGAAGAAAGGACCGGACGGACGAGAGAUCAUUCCCAAGAUUGAAAACAUAUCGAACGCGAUCGUAACGGAAUUGAAGCCUUUCGAUUUCGAGUUGAAGCUUCGGUCACUUGACCACGGGCAGCUAAUAUCGGAGUAA